CAGGCAGUGCCCGGGGCCGCUGCCAAAGGGGAAGUGAGCUAAGGCUGGAGCUAUGGCCCGGGUUUGGAGCCUGCGGCCGCCGCCGCCGCCAGCACGUCCAGAGAAGCCGCGGCCGGAGCAGGGACCGGAGACGCGGCUGAACUGGCCGCGGCCCCUGUGAGUUGUGGAAGUCGCCGGUGGCGGAACAUUUGACACUUGGAGCACUUCAGGCUGGCGGAGCGGUGGUCACCCCUCAUCACUGCGCCCCCUCCAGGCCCUAGCAGCAGGGCUGGGAUUUCUCCAGGCUCCCACUCCGCUCUCACCCGUCUCUUCAAACUCCGUACCGAAGCCACGCGAAGGUGAUCAACCCGAAACCCAGCGGGCGUCCUGGCCUGGGCGUUUUCUAGGCGCCCAGGAGUGUCGGUGCUCUCUCCUGUCACCACCUCUCCAGUUACGGAUUAGCGAGUUCCCACUGCCUGCUCUGCAAAGUCUCCUCGCCUCUCCUCCCAUUGAAAACCAAGUUUAUUUUCCUUCUACAUUGGGAAUCUUGUCCCAGAGAUCCAAAGUACCUUAGUUUGUGUAUCUUUUCCCAGCUUCUGGAGCACUCCUAGAAAUAUUGGCUGCCUACACGACUAAGACUCUCGUGCUUGACUUAGCGGGUUGUUUUGUUUUGUUUUCCUUUUGACAGGUAAUAGUUGUUUCAGGAAGUUAUCCUUUUGGAUCGCCAGUUCCUUGGCCAUCUCUAUGUAACUCCCCCUCCCCACCCCACCCCCCAUCCAUCUGAGCCCAAUUUCCUCUGGGCUCAAUUCUCCAGCCCUCAGUAGAUCUGGUCAGUCCCACCUCUGGGUGGGAGUGAUCAGGGGGCUCUGGCCCAGGAUUUCCAACCCUGGAAGGCAGCUCCAAGUCAGCGAGAGAGUUGGGUUUUGGCUACGAACCUGGCAGCUCAGGAGUGGGCCCGCCACUCACCCCCCACAAAAAGAUGAAAAAGCGCAAAGAACUCAAUGCAUUGAUUGGCUUGGCUGGUGACAGUCGGAGAAAGAAGACCAAGCAAGGCUCAAGUAGCCAUCGCCUGCUUCGCACUGAACCUCCUGACUCAGACUCAGCGUCCAGCUCAGAGGAAGAGGAAUUUGGAGCAAUUGGAAAUCGCUCUCGAUUUGUCAAGGGAAACUAUGUCCGAUGCUGCAAGAUCUGCUAUCCCCUCUGUGCCUUUGUCAUCCUCGCAGCCUGUGUUGUGGCCUGCGUGGGCUUGGUGUGGAUGCAAAUGGCUCUCAAGGAGGAUCUGGAUGUCCUCAAGGAAAAAUUUCGAACAAUGGAGUCUAAUCAGAAAAGCUCAUUCCAGGAAAUCCCCAAACUUAAUGAAGAACUUCUCAGCAAAGAAAAGCAACUUGAGAAGAUUGAGUCUGGGGAGCUGGGCUUAAGCAGAGUCUGGACCAACAUCACAGAAAUGAAUAAGCAGAUUUCUCUGUUGAGUUCUGCAGUAAACCUCCUAAAAGCCAAUGUCAAGUCAGCCGCAGACUUACUUAGCCUGCCUAGCACUGUAGAGGGACUUCAGAAGAGUGUUGCUUCCAUUGGCAAUACGUUAAACAGUGUCGGCCUUGCUGUAGAGGCAAUACAGAAGACCAUGGACGAACACAAGGCCACCUUGGAGCUACUGCAGGGCAGUGUGGAGACCAAUGGAAGCAACCAAAUCAUGCCAUCGCCUCCACCUCCAUCAGAACUUGACAACAGAACCCACAGUGAAAGUGCAAAACAGGAUAUCCUGUACCUGCACAACUCCUUAGAGGAGGUCAACAGUACUGUAGUGGGAUACCAGAGACAGAAUGACCUUAAACUCAAGGGGAUGAGCGAGACCCUCAGUAACCUGACACAGAGACUCGACCUGAUAGAAAGUGAUGUGGUUGCACUGAGCAAGGCAGAACAGAGAACAAACGUGAGCUCCAGCACGAUGGGUAAUAGGGCUGCCAGUCUGAAAAGAGAGUCUUCAGUGACCAACAGAACUGAUGCUGUAAAGGCCCAAAGCAUAAAGAAAGAAGAUAAUUCAAAUUCUCAGGUAUCGGAGCUGCGAGAAAAACUGCAGCUGAUCAGUGCUCUCACAAACAAACCCGAAAGCAACAGGCCUCCAGAGACCACAGAUGAGGAGCAAGUACAGAACUUCACAUCAGAUCCUUCAACAUUGCCAAAAUUCUCACAGCUUCUUGGAGACCAAACUGAGACCCAACUAAAACUUAUCUCCCUGCCUGGGAUUUCUAGCAUCAAAGAUCUUCAGGAUUUAUUCCACAAGAUUGGUCAAGAUGUGGAUGGGAUGCUGACCUACCAGGAAAUCUGGAAUUCCCUAGGUUCUGCCAUGCCAAGACCAGAACACUUGAGAGCAUUUGAUUCCAAUGGAGACGGGAGAUACUCCUUCCUGGAGCUAAGAGUAGCUUUAGGUUGCCUAAAGCCAAAAUGUAGUCAGAUGAAACACAAAAUCAUAUUCUUUCCUCAUUGUUCCCUCAGAGGGAGCUAUGGGCUUUCUGUCCAGAGGAUGCCGCAUGGAGCAGGAGCCUUCUGGUGAUGGGGUCAGUUUUCCCAAGUCUAAAGGCAGGUGUGAUGCUUCCCCUUUACAUGCUUUGUGGGCAAGUCAGGAAAGGUCUGACUAGAAGGAACUCGCUAUUCACCAACAUGUUGAGAACACUCAGUGUUCUUAGGGGUCUUGGGGCAACUCCAGUAGAAGACCUUACAGAACCACACAUUGCUAUAGCCAGUCAGGGAAACACUGGGGACGCUGUUGUGAUAGUAUAGAUCACUCCUACCUAAUUUUGUUCAAGUUGCCCUGUCAGCUGUGGAUACACUCUGGUAUCCUCAAACCUUUAAAGACAUUUGUUUUUCCCUUCGCCUUGCUUUGCUUUGCUUUUUAUGUUUUGUUUCUUUUUUAUGAUAUUCAGUUUAGUGUUGUUUUUUUCUAGACAUAUUAAAACUCAGCGAAGGCGAGAUAAAGUUUUCCUGUGCGUGCGUCUUCUUAGCUCAUGUUUCUUUCUCUCUAAAUUUGUUGCCUUAAUGUUUGCCUUGCCCAUUUAUGCUGUCACCUUCUUAGAAAGGUUAAAAAUACAGUUCAACAUUAUCCUGGCUCUUUAAGUAGCUCUUGUUCUUCUCGCUGCCUUCCGUACUCCCCCUCUUUUAAUAUAUAUAUAAUAUCUCCUUACAGAUUUUGUAACAACCAAAUAAAGUCCUAGCAAUAAAUUGAAUUAUUCUGCUAUAUUGUAUAUACUGUACCAUAAAUAGUAUGUCUGUACCUGGAAGGUAUUUUUUUUUUUUUUGAGAACUGAUUUAUAUGAAAUACACUGAGGGUAAUGAAGCUUGUCCUUUUUAGUUUCAAGUUCUUAUUUGUAGGCAGAUGUUUUCAAGACACCUUAACUCUUUGUGGUAGAUGCUUUUCAGUGAGGAAACAGGAUUUGUUUCUUGGUCUCUCUUCUGGUUUUUCCAUGUCAAGUCUGUCUGCCAGCAUCACCCCUGAGCCGCAUGAUGUCUCCUACCAAAUUGCCCAGAGGUAGCCAUAACUGUCCUCUGACCUGUUAUCCCUUCUGUCCUGCUUGUGGCAUUACCAGAUCUAGGCAGAGGUGGGCAUCCUAUUCUCCUUUGCUAAGAAUCGGACAGACUCACUGGCUUAGGAGCCCAAAACCUAUCAGUCAGUGAAGACUGGGUCUUCAUUUCUUUAUUGUCUUAACUUGUGCAUCCAGUGCCUUGUGUUAGCCAAGCUUCACCAGCCACAGAUCACCUCUCAGAGACGAACUCCAUGGUAGUGGUUGUGAGUUUGGCUUUGGAUUUCAAUCCUUUGGCCUUAUCAGUCAGUAGCUCAGAGUAGUUUCUUUAGGUGUUGCUCUUCGGCCCUUUGCUUUAUUCUGUGCACCAUCCAGCAUAGUAUGUACUGAAAGACCAUCCACAAGCCAGCCAUGGCAGUACAUCCCUGUAACCCCGGCCCUUGGGAGACUGAGGCAGGAAAAUAAUGAGUUCUAGUCCAGUCUGGGCUACAUAGUGAGAUCUUGUCUCAAGAAAGUACCUGGCUUAAAUAUGACUGCAGUGACAUUCAAGCGGAGAGCAGAGCAAAGGAUGCUUGGCACUUAAGAACAGGUCUAAUGCAGAAGAGCUGAGGCGGACAGCUCACUUCUCAGCCAGCUCUUUUCCCUUCCAUUGCAGUUUGCUCUCUACCGUUGCUGGACACAGCCCCAUCAGCCCCCCUCCCUGUCCCAGCGUCACAGUUGAAGGUUUUGACUGUGAUAGGCUCACACUCAUAAUGGCCUAUUGAGUUGUUUUUAGUGACACCUUUUGCUUGCUCCACACCUCAUUGGCUUGCUUACCAACCAUCUAGAUGUGGUCCCUUCUCUCAUAUUCAAGCCAGAACACAUUUGGAUAUUCCUGAGACUUUAGAGGGCAUGUAUUGUUUGUUAUAUAAACCUAACCUACCUUGUUUUCUCAUAUUAAGAACUGUAAAUCUACUUUAUAUUAAUGGAACUAUUUUGGUAAUAUAUAAGCAAUUUUGGUUCUGUUUAGAGAGUGGAUUCAAGGUUUCCAUGACUUCAUUUGAGCUUUACUUAUUUCCUAUCAAUAUAGCCAUUUUAAUUUAUCUAAAUAAAACAUCUCCUCUCUCUCAC